ACAUUAUGGGACGCUGAUGCAAUCGCUUGCGUAAUAAUAAUACAUACAAGCAGAAGAAAAGAGGCAGACGAUAUUUUUAGAAGAAAUCAUGGUUUUGGGGGCAUUUAAUUCAACAAAUCGUAUAUUACCCGUACAAUUACUUUGCAGCAGACGCCUCUUAAGCACCAGCUCACUCAAAAACAUGAAAGUUUUGAUUGGUGGUGGAACAGGUUUUGUGGGUACAGCAUUGAGGAAGCAGCUAGAGGUUAAAGGUCACAAGGCUCUUCUACUUUCACGUUCACCUGGAAAGGACAAAGUCACUUGGGAUGAGGUGAGGGAUAGCGGUUUACCACAGUGUGAUGCUGUCGUCAACCUGGCCGGAGAAAACAUCUUGAAUCCUGCAAAAAGAUGGACUGAAGAUUUCAAGCAGGUUGUUUGGAAGAGCAGAGUGGAGACCACUUCAACGCUUGCAGAGGCCAUCUCCAAGACUAGCAGCCCUCCCAGUGUCUUUGUAGGCAUGUCUGGUAUAGGUUACUAUCCAGCAUCCGCAUCUGCCGAGUAUACAGAGGAGAGCACAGUGCACGACCAGGACCAGGACUAUCUUGGCAGACUGUGUGUAGAAUGGGAGAGGAGUAUGGGGCCACUGGAUGGGCAGGAAGAUGGAGUUAGGAAGGUGGUAGUGAGAACAGCUGUUGUUCUAGGCAAAACUGGAGGUGCCAUGGGCCAGAUGAAGUGGCCAUUCUACUUUGGCGUCGGGGGCGUCAUCGGUUCCGGCCAGCAGUUCUUCCCAUGGAUCCACGUCGAUGACAUUGCAGGGAUCUUCCUCCAUGCCAUCGAGAACGAGGAUGUCACCGGAGUACUCAACGGGAUCGCCCCCAAGCCUGUUACUAACCACGGGUUCACCAAGGCUUUGGGUGCUGCCAUGUGGAGGCCGACUAUCUUUCCGUUGCCAGGGUUCGUGGUGAAGGGGGUGUUUGGAGAUGAGAGGGCAGUGAUGCUGUUAGAGGGCCAGAAGGUGUUACCCAAGAGGACUCUUGACAGCGGGUACAAGUUCAGAUACCCGGACAUAAACUCAGCUCUCAAAGAGGUUGUAUCGUAAUAUUGAAGGUUGUUGCUCAAACAGACUCUUGAUUGCAGAAUAAAGACAUCCAGAUAUGAGCUCAGCUCUCAAAGAGAUAAAGCUUAUUCAUUUUAUCUUUAACUGACAUAAACUCAGCUCUUAAAGAGGUUGUAUCGUAAUAUUAAAGAUCAUUGCGGAAAUGGGCUCUGGAUUGCAGAUUAAAGUGCAGUUAUGAAGAUAUGAAUUCAACUCUCAGAGAUUGAGCUUAUUAAUUUAUCUUUUGAACUAUACAGAUUCCUAUAUUAGGAGGGAGGUCUAAUGAAGAUAUAGUCAGUAAAAAAAUAAAAGAGAGACUGAAGUUUUGAUCUGACCUAAACUUUGCUUUUAAUGAAAAAAAUGGUUUAAGAGAACGAAUCAUGAGAUGCUUCAUUGCUCACAAUAGUUUAUGAAGGAAUUCUUUGAAACCUAAUCACUUCAUAUUGUUGGAUAUUGGUAUGGUUAUUGUUUUAUUCAUGUACAUACAUAUUUCUACAGGGUAGUUCGUCAGACAAGACUUUGUUCUCAGUUUGCCCAUACUGUCUCAUGAUUGGCCAUUGUUCUUAUAGACAUAGUACAAAAACAUCAACAAGGGUGUGAGAAGGGAUUCCAUCAGCAGAUGAGCCUGCCCAAGUUACAAACAUAGUCACAAUAUUGAAUAUGCAACGGGGUCUGGGGCUCCAUCUUAUGAAUACUUGCAAUUGAUCUGAUAAACCGCAACAAUAUGAAAAUCCAUAGCUGUCAUAUUUUUUUCAAACAGGAAAUUUGCACAAUGUCCUUUGUAAACAAUUAGUAGCAAACCGAAUUGUCAAGACAUCGGUGAAUGUAUGGGUAUACAUCAUAUCUACAAACAUUUUUUGAAUAAACAUGUUUGUGGUUUACAUGCCGACAUUGCUGGCUUUCCAUAGUUGUGGUUGAUUGGAUCAAUCGCAACUCUUUGUAAGACGGGGCUCAGCACUUAAAAUGAGGAACAUGAUUUCAAGAGGAAUUACUUCAUCAUUUUGGAAGGCAGUCGUUGGUUUUGAGUAAAAUCAUCAAACAAUUAUCAACAAACUGUAAAGUACAAGUUUCUAAAACUAGCAUAAAGAUUAUAGCUAUAUCCAGAUCAUGUUAGAAGUGACCAUUUGUCCCAUCACCUUAAAGUUAAGCUGCAAAUUUUUGCAAAGGCAUUUUAGAAUAAUUUAUGUAGUAUGAUAUUUAUAUUGUGUAGUACGAGAAAGAUAGGAUGAUUGUGUGUGCUUUACAUUUUGUAUCUCAUAUUCCUGAAGUGUGUGAAGAUGGUACAAUUUAUCUCGUUCAAUGUGCCAUGUACGUGUAUUCUCUACUUUAAUACUUGAAGUAAUUAAACAUUGAAAAGUGUA